CGCGGCCCGGCCCCCCCGCGCCCAUUGGCCGGGAUUUGGGGACAGGGCCACCCUUAAACCGCGUCCCCGCCGCUGUCCCCUCCGUGUCACCGCCACCAUGUCCCCGAGGGCCACCCGCCGCCUCCUCCUCGUGGCCGGGCUCGUGGCGGCGCUGGGAGUGUCGCCGGUGUCCCCAAUCCACGUGUACACUCAGCGGGAGGUCUAUGGCACCGUGGGCUCGCGUGUCACCCUGUCCUGCAGCUUCUGGUCCAGCGAGUGGAUCUCGGAGGACAUUUCCAUCACCUGGCACUUCCAGGCCGAGGGCUCCCGCGACAGCAUCUCCAUCUUCCACUACGCCAAGGGCCAGCCCUACAUCGACGACGUGGGGACAUUCAAGGAGCGCAUGGAGUGGGCGGGGAACCCGCGGCGCCGCGACGGCUCCAUCGUCAUCCACAGCCUGGAGCCCAGCGACAAUGGCACCUUCACGUGCGACGUCAAGAACCCGCCCGACAUCGUGGGCAAGUCCUCGCAGGUCACCCUCUACGUGCUGGAGAAAGUGCCACCCCGUUACGGUGUCGUGCUGGGCUCCGUUAUCGGCGGGACGCUGCUCUUGGUGGCCGCGCUGGUGGCCCUGGGCUACGGCACCCGCUACUGCUGGCGGCGGCGCCAGGCGGCUCUGCAGCGGCGGCUGAGCGCCAUGGAGAAGGGGAAGCUGCAGCGCUCGGGCAAGGACGGCUCCAAGCGCAGCCGGCAGGCCCCCGUGCUCUACGCCAUGCUGGACCACGGCCGCAGCGCCAAGAAAGCCAAGGGCGGCGCGGGCGACUCGCGCAAGGAUAGGAAAUAGCGGUUAGCGGGCAGGGAGGGACCCCCGGGGGCGGGCGGGGCCGUGGGGGACCCCCGGCCCCCCAAAGUCAUCAUGACCAUCGAGAUGGAGCUGCGGGGGGAGCCCCAGGCCGCGCCCCCGCCCGCCGCCCGCUCCCCGAGCCGGGGCAGCCUCAAGAGCGCCCUGCUGAGCAUCAUCAAACCCAACUCGGGGGGCUCCUGAUGGACCCCCCCCGGCCCCGGCCGCGGCCCCUCCGGGCUCGGGACCCGGCGAGGAGCGGGGUGUGGUCCUCGCCUCGGGUCCCCCGGCCUUGAGGACAGCGCUGGGGACAAGCGCGGGUCCCCCCCCGGCCCACCUCGGUCGCUCCCUGCCCGGCUCCGGGCGGGAUUUCCCCCCUGGAACGCAAACCCGGCGGAUUUGGGGUCGGUCCCCCCUCCCCGGGGACCUGCGGGGUCCCCGCGGGGCCGUGUCCCCGCCGCCUGUCCCCUCCCCGAGCUCGGGGGGGGGGGUUUCCCUGCCCCGCAAUUUCGCUCCUUUUCUGGCCGUUUUCUCGUCUCUCCCCGCGACCGACCCCAAAUGACGUCGAGGGGUGGCCCCCGCCCCUUUGUCCCCUUUGUCCCCUCCUGUCCCCGCAUUAACCCCCGCGCCCCGUAACCCCCGGGACCCCCCCCAAACCGGCCGGAGCCCCGUGGUGGGGGCGAGGCUGCGGCCGGCCUGGGGGAGCCGCCCGGGCCCCCGGACGCGUUUUGUACCCCCUGUCCCUGUCCCUGUCCCCUCCCUGUCCCCGUGGUGCCAUUAAUAAAACUGACAUCUCCGGGAGCCCCGUGUCCCCCCCCGGCUGUCACUGUCACUGCCACUGUCCCCACUCCGUGGCUGAGCUCACCCCCACACCACGGGGACGUCGCUGUCACCCUCAGCGGGGAGGUGACACUUCGAGGGUGACCUGGUGGCACCCCAGAGUCCCCUCUCAACCAGGAGGGGCUGUCCCCGAUGCCACCGCCUUAGCGCCACCUCCCUGCCACCCGCUGUUAAUUAAAGCCGGCUGUAAUUAA